AUGCAUUUAUCAAAAAGUAUAUCUAGAUUACAAAUAAAUAAUAAAGAUAGAAAUGAUACUAGUGGUAGUCCUCCAGAUUAUCAAUUUAUUAAAAAUUUAAAUUAUGAAGAAUUAGAAUCAAAAUUUCAAAUUUAUAAAUAUUAUCCUUUAUAUAUUCAUAAUUAUGAUAUUUCAACACCAGUUUUAAAAGAUUUAAUUUGUGAUAAACCUAUUUAUAAUGAUGCUAAUAAACAUGUUAAAAAGGAAAAGUUGAAAAAGAAGAAACAAAAUUUAAAAGAAACGAGACAACUUAGGAAAGAUCAACGAGAAGAACGUAAACAAUUAAGAUUAGAUCAAAGAGAAGAAAGGAAAGAUUUGAGAAGAGAAGCUAAGGAACAGCGAGAAAGUUAUACUGGACAUUUUAUGAAACGAGCAGAUAAAUUAAAUGAAAUUGCAAAAAAUGGAAAUAAUUUAAAUGAAAUAAGACAAUGUUCAGGUAAUACUAAUCCAUAUCAUAUUAAUAAUAAUAAUAAUAAUAAUAUUAAUAAUAAAGAUGCAGAUUUUUCCCAUAUUGAAGAUACUACAUUUGAACGAGAUUCUAAUAGUUCUCAAGAUAGUGAAGCUACAGAAGUUGAUGAUGAAGUAAAUUCACAAUUAUUAUCAUUUAAAAAUCCAUUUGAUAAAGGUAAAAAAUUGACUAUUAAUCAAUAUAUAGAUAACAAUAAUUACAAUUUAUCAAAUUAUAGUUAUUCACAACCUUCAUCAAUGUCUAGAAAUAAUUCAAUUAAUAUAUUUUCAACAAAUAACUCAAUGGUUAUGACACAAUCAAAUUCAAAUAAUACGGUAAAUACAAAUCCAAAUACAAAUUCAAAUCCAAAUCCAAACACAAAUAGAAGAAGUUCAUCAACAUCAACUACACUUUUUAAUAAUAGUCAAAAUUCUUCAAUGAAAAGAUCAAAUUCAAUAGCAUCAAAAUUUAUGAAUAUGUUUAAUAAUUAUGAACAUGAUAAUAGUUCACAAGAUUCAAUAAAUUCAACUAGAGAAAAAAGAAAUUCAACAGUACAAGUUAAUCAACCACCACCAAGUUAUAAAAUUAAACAUAAAGCUUCUAUGCUUGAUGAAUCAUAUCCUAUUGAAAAAAGUUUAAGUUUUGAUCAGUCUAAAUCAACAAAAACAUUAUUGAAGAAUAAAUUGAAAUUGAAAUUGGGUAAUGAAUUAAAUAGAAGAUAUAGUGAUCAGAUAGGUAUGUAUUAA